UUUAUAAAGUGAUAUUGUUCUAUGGAUCACGGCUGCCUCCUUUGACAUACUCGAUCGGCUUUUACAACCACUUUGUAAGGCGGGAAGGAAAGCGGCGGCAACAUGGGGGACGUGGCGCAGGCGGCCACGCUGCUGGACUUUAACAAGCCCAUCGAUGUGGGCUUGCUGGAUGCAACUGUGAACCUGAGCAUGCAGUCUGUCGUGGGUGGCGAGCAGCAGAGGGCGGCCGCGGAGAAGCUCUUGCUGGAGUUUCAGGAGCACCCGCAGGCUUGGACGCGUGUUGACACCAUCCUAGAGGUGUCACAAAAUCAGCCUACCAAGUACUUCGCACUUCAGGUUAUCCUCGAGAGUGUAAUUCGGUUCAAGUGGGGAGCGCUUCCUCUGGAGCAGCGUGAGGGCAUCAAGAACUACCUUUCGAACUUAAUUAUUCGAUUUUCAACCUCCGAGGAGCUUUUCCGGAAGGAGAGUACCUUCGUCAACAAGCUGAACAUUCUACUUGUGCAAAUUCUAAAGCAUGACUGGCCAGCACGUUGGAAGAGCUUUAUUCCUGACCUGGUUGCAGCCUCACGGACCAGCGAAACGCUGUGCGAGAACAGCAUGAAGAUACUCAAGCUGCUGAGCGAGGAGGUUUUCGACUUUGCACGCCUGGACUUAACACAGGCUAAAACCAAGGAGCUGAAGCAGACUUUAACGAUGGAGUUUAAAGCUAUUCACGAACUGUGUGUGUUCGUGCUCAACAACACACGGAAGCCAGAGCUCAUACGCGCCACGCUGGAAACCCUUAGCGUGUACUUGACUUGGGUGCCGUUGGGUUAUAUCUUUGAGGGCAACCUGUUGGAGAUCCUCCUACAGCUCUUUCCGCAGGCACCCUUCCGCAACGUCGCCUUGCAGUGCCUGAUGGAGGUAGGCUCUCUUCAAAUGGCGACGGAAUUCAAUCCGCAGUUUGCGAAAUUCUAUGACUAUUUCAUGCGGCAAUUGGUCUUGGUAGUGCCACCGACUGUCAAUAUCCCGGAUGCGUACGAGAAAGGCACAGACGACCAGCAGAAAUUCGUGCAAAACCUGGCGCUUUUCUUCACAAGCUUUUUCAAGGCGCAUAUCGGCAUUCUGGAAGCUCCGGAGACACAGGCGCAGCUCCUGGCAGGCUUGGAUUACCUGGUUAACAUCUCCUACGUGGAUAACACUGAGGUCUUCAAAACGUGUCUCGACUACUGGAACUUUUUCGUCCCCGACAUCUAUACCUCCUCGUGUACGGGGGCAGACCCAACCGGGGUAUCGUUCAUGUUCGCGCCUCCUGCCACGCACGGCGUGGCACCUGCCACCGGUGGUCGCAAAUUGCUAUACCGGCCGAUCCUAUCGAAGCUGCGACAGUUAAUGAUUUGCAGAAUGGCAAAACCGGAGGAGGUUAUCGUUGUGGAAGACGAGAACGGUAACAUUGUGCGGGAAACGAUGAAGGACAACGACGUGUUAGCGCAGUACAAGUCGAUGCGCGAGACGCUUGUAUACUUGUGCCACCUUGACUAUGACGACACGGAGCAGCAGAUGCUGGAGAAGCUGCGGAUGCAGCAGCUCGCAGGUGCCAAGUGGACGUGGGGUGCUUUGAAUACACUUUGCUGGGCCAUUGGCUCUAUCGCAGGGUCAAUGGCGGAUGAACAGGAGAACCGCUUCCUGGUCACCGUCAUUAGGGAUCUCUUGAACCUCUGUGAGGUGACGCGUGGGAAGGACAACAAGGCAGUUAUUGCGUCUAACAUCAUGUACGUGGUGGGACAAUAUCCCAAGUUCCUGCGGGCGCAUUGGAAAUUCCUGAAAACAGUGGUCAACAAGCUGUUCGAGUUCAUGCACGAGACGCACCCCGGAGUGCAGGACAUGGCUUGCGACACCUUUUUAAAGAUCUGCAACAAAUGCAGACGCAAAUUUGUGGUAAUGCAGGUCCAGGAGCGCGAGCCGUUCAUUUGCGAGCUGCUUAAUGGGCUAACGGAGACCAUUCAGGACCUGCAGCCUCACCAGAUCCACACUUUUUACGAGGCUGUGGGUUUGAUGAUUGGUGCGGAAUCUGACCCCGUCAAGCGAGAUGAUUACCUGCACCGGCUAAUGGGGCCUCCGAAUACAACGUGGAGCCAAAUCCUGGCCCAGGCGCAUGCGAAUCCGGAAGUGUUGAAGCAGCAAGAGGUGAUCAAGUCCAUACAGAACGUGUUGCAGACGAAUGUUUCCGUCUGCACUUCGCUCGGCCAGCCAUUCCUCGUGCAGUUCAACGUCAUUUUCAAAGAUAUGCUGCAGGUGUACAGGCUGUACAGCGAGCUUAUCAGCCAGGCGAUCGCUGCCGGGGGUGCAAAUGCAGCAAGGAGCACCUUCGUGAAGUACAUGCGUAGCGUGAAGAAGGUUGCCCUGAAGCUUAUUGAAACGUUCGUGGAUAAAUGCGACGACCCGCAGCUCCUUGCAGCCUCGUACGUGCCUGCCAUGAUGGACCCGUUAUUGGGUGACUACGCGCGAAGUGUGCCGGAUGCCCGGGAUGCCGAGGUGCUAAGCCUCAUGGCAGCUAUCAUUAACAAACUGCGACAACUGAUGGAGCCAGAGGUCCCGCGGGUCUUCGAGGCACUGUUUGAGUGCACACUCACGAUGAUAACCCGUAACUUUGAGGAUUACCCCGAGCACCGUCUGCAGUUUUUCGCGCUUCUACACGCUAUCGUGAAUUCGUGUUUCAAUACGCUCUUCAUGAUGAGCGCAGCGCAGCUGAAGCUUGUCAUCGACUCGAUCGUGUGGGCCUUCCGGCACACAGAGCGCAACGUUGCGGAAACGGGCCUGGCGCUAUUGCAUGACCUGCUGGUCCAGUUUGCCGGCUCUGACUACGCGACCCAAUUCCACCAGACCUAUUACCUGCAUCUGUUGAAUGAAAUCCUGGCCGUCAUGACCGAUUCUUUCCACAAGCCGGGUUUCAAGAGUCAGGCACGUAUCUUGCAUCACCUCUUCACCAUUUUGGAUGCAAACGUCAUUAAAGCACCUCUAUGGGACGUCGCUGUCAAAGGCGCUGGAGCCUUCCCGACGAACUCAGCAUUCGUCCGGGUUCAUGUCAUUGGGCUCCUUUCUACCUCCUUCCCGAACCUCACGCAGGCUCAGGUCAGCGCCUGUGUUUCGGGCAUGUUCGAGUACAAAGACUUCUCUGCCUUCAAACAUCAUCUACGGGACUUCCUUGUACAGACGAAGCAGUUUGCCAGCCAGGAUAAUGCGGAGCUUUUCGCGGAAGAUGUCGAGAAGCAGGUCGUCGAGCAACGCGAAGCCCGGCAGCGUGUGCUAGCAGCCAUUCCCGGCAUGAUUCCACAGGUGAGCAAACCAGCAUCGCAAGGCCUAUGCACUAUUUCUGCCUAUUUUUUUUACCAAAGCUGA